ACACACACACACACACACAUACACACACACACACACACACACACACCAUGAGCUCCGUCGCUGAACGGAAAACACUGAAUUUCAUGAACUGGAUUUAAGAAACCUGGGAUUCUUGCUCCAUAUGAGGAAGAAAAUCUUGAAACCAUCUUGUCUCCUCUUGAGUUUGUUCACAAGUUUAAAUCUCUGCUGUGGAAAAUUCGGCACCCCAAUAACUGACGAUGUGAGCAAGCUGUCGUUAUUGAAGCAAAACAUCCCCUGUAAUUAUGCAAUUCCUGUUCAAUACAUUCCCAAAGAAGUGGGUGGCACGUGUUGGGUGGUGUUAAAUAUUUACCCUUUGGAGCAAAGCCUUCGGAACCUAGCCAACAUGUUUGGUGACAUUUCAUCCAACAAAGAGCACAUACUUGUCUUCAUUGCGAUGUUGAAGAGUUUACGCUUCACUUUUGACCACGAGGAACUGGAAACAACAAUGCAACUGUUCCAGUGUCACUAUCAGAACAGCAGCUUGAUAUCGGGUCUUUACUUUGACUUUGUCAGAGACAUUUUGCACACAGCUGCUCAAGGGACCUCCGGUUUCUCAUGUAAGCCCCCACCAUGCCUUAAACGUGGACAAAUUCCAGGAGGUCACGAAGGGGGUGGUGCGUACAGCUGGUCAGCACGAGGCCCCCUGUUUCUGAUUCUCAUCCCCAUCACAGCUUGUAUUGUUCUCAUAGUGUGGCUGGUCAAAUCGGGAAGGCGUUUUCCUUUGUGUGCAGUGGAAAAUAACCAAAUGGCACCUUCUGACACCAUCUCAUCUGUGUCUGUUUCCAUCCCGCUUCAAAUCCUCGCCCACGCUGCUGCUGCUGACACUCAGCCAGCAGGAGAAGCAACACUUGAACAUGAAAGCGGAUGAGGCUCGAGAAACAGAGAAGAGAGGACAAGAGAAACUCAGACAGCACUCUCCCGCAUGCUCAUGUUAUUGUAAGGAGUCUGCCAGGAAAACCCUGCGUGGGCUAACGCUCGAGUGUGCUUCUGCUUUCGCACAUCUGAGAGCACAAAACCUGACCUGUGUCAGAAAAGUCACCCCACUUCUUGUUGGACUGGAGAAAUAAACUCCAAACAACAGCUGGUCAAGUGCAUUCCUUUAGAAAUGUGUUGAGCAGACCAGCUCGUUCCUGGAGCGCUGAACUGGUACAAGUCUGUGAUUUUCACCUGCAAAUGGAGCCUCAAAUCACUGAGACUGAAAUGUUGGCGAGCUGGAACUAAUCCUGGUCAUCCCACAGAGUCUCAGUUGGCGUGGCUACCAGUCACUCUGGAUGCCCUCUUGAUGGUACUUCUGUGCGUUUGAGGUGCCAUUGAGUGCUUGCGUUUGCCGCCUGCAGAAACAAACCAAAUUAUGGGCCACGCUGUUCACAACAGCUUUAUCCACAUGCUGCCGUACCCACUGUGUGCCCGAUACAGCUGAAAUCAGAUUCAUCUGUGAAGGAGACUGACCUUCAGUCUGCCAUUGGCCAUCUGUGAGGGAUUCAUGCCCACUCCUGUCAAUCACAAAGAUGAAAUGCACGGCUGUCGAUGCCUCAAUACGAACGCCAAACAUGCAAGAACCCAUUUCGAAGAUAGAAGGCCAGUUGGCGUAGGGCCAACACUUCUGAAUCAUGUUUCAGAGCUUUCAAAUGGUACAGAAAUGGACAUUCACAGCUCUGUCAAAACUCUUUGUUGGAAACUGUGGCAAGAAUGCCACUGACGUAAUAACACCACAAAUUAAUUAAUUUGGAUCAUACUUUUAAGGCUUAGAUAUAUGGCUAGGAACAAAAAAUAAAACCACAACUAUAGGUUUUUCUACAUUUUCUGGAACAGGAACAUUUAUUUAAAGUAAUACAUAAUUGUAUAAAUAAACAAUGAUAUAAUAAACAUGGUAACUAGUCAGUGACUUUUUUAUUAUUUAAGUACA